ACAAUAUAUAAUUUGUAUUGUUUUCUCUUAAACCGUAGCUCGCUCGUGUACAUGUAACUUUGUAAGUGAUUUAGACCACCCUAUCCAAAAGGAAACGCCGAAACGCCUAAGAAAUCCUCUCGUCUUCCCAUAAACCAGUCGGCCAAGCGAAAAAAAAAGGGAAGCUAAGCGAGGACUGAAACUGAAGCCAAAUUGAGAUAAGAGGCGGAGGAGCAAGGAGCGCGCUCUGGCCAAGAUGAUGUCGCCGGCUUCCACCUACCCGCUCCCCUUCGCCGCCGCUGUAUCCCUUCUUCCUCACCGCGUUUCCCUUCAGCUCUCCUGCGCUACUGGGUGGAGGAGCAGAAGCCGCCGCCUGGCGGUGCUGCGCGCGGCAACGGCGGAGGCGGCGGCGCCCGCCUACACCUCCGACUCCCUCAUCCUCUAUUUCAAGGCGGAGGGCACUAUGGAAGAGAGGGCCAUUCCCAAGAUCACUGAAACGCUCGAGGGUAUGGAAGGGGUCAAGGACCUGGAGGUGCUCAUCGAAGAAGGCAUUGCAAGUGUUGUGUUAACAAAGGAGACAACAGUACAAGCUACCGGAGUGGCCUCGAACCUAGUGGAAGCCAUACAGGGAGCUGGGUUCAAACUGCAAACACUAAGCCUCAGCUUCGAUGAUUUUGAUGAGGCAAAAUCAGGAGUUGGAGGUGGUGUUCAACCCAGCGUGUGAGCUAAUUUGUGUUGUCAUGUGUUGUGCCAAAUUCAUAUAACUCGCUCUCAUUCCCUGAUGGUUCCUUCAGAUUUUAUUUAGCUUCUGUACCAUUCUGCCCCUUGCCUUGUAAUAUUUGAGCAUGACCUCAUCAUUUCUAGCAAAAUUGUCAAGAAAGCUAUGAGUCUUUUCUGUACUUUUGUUUUUUCUUGAAUUGGAUCUAUUGUUCAAGUUUAUAUAUGGAAGGUUAAUCUCAGAUUGAAUUAGAUUAA